CCUUCUUCCACCACAUGGCUGUGCUAGAGUUUCUGAGCCUAGCCUGGCUCAAAAGGCUCCCCAGUUCAUGGAUUGUUCAUUUCUCAAUUAAACUCCUUUAAAUUUAAUUCAGCUGAAGUUUUGCUUUCAUCAGAUGGGGUCAGAAGCAGGAUCUGAAGUAGAGCUUCUUCUAAUGACCCCCGGGGUGCUGAGUGAUCAAGCAAGGUACCUGCAGGACCCAUUUGUGUCCAUUGAUCUCUUGGAGCAGCUGGGGAUCAUGGAGUGUGGGGCUGAUUGUGCCAAGUUCCAGAAGAGUGAGCUAGAAUUCAAGUUUAAUCGGAAAGCCUUGGAGAGGCCAUACACCUCGAAGCAUUCCUGGGGGAAGACGUAUGGGGAGCACAAACGACAUCUGGAGUUCAGCCAUGACCAGUACAGGGAGCUGCAGAGGUACGCCGAGGAGGUUGGGAUCUUCUUCACUGCCUCUGGCAUGGAUGAGAAGUGCCUUUUGCUCCCCACCAUGAUUCUGAGACCUGCCCAGCCAUGUGAAACUAUGGCAGUUGAAUUCCUGCAUGAACUGAAUGUUCCAUUUUUCAAAGUUGGAUCUGGAGACACUAAUAAUUUUCCUUAUCUGGAAAAGACAGCCAAAAAAGGUCGCCCAAUGGUGAUCUCCAGCGGGAUGCAGUCAAUGGACACCAUGAAGCAAGUUUAUCAGAUCGUGAAGCCCCUCAACCCCAACUUCUGCUUCUUGCAGUGUACCAGCGCAUACCCGCUCCAGCCUGAGGACGUCAACCUGCGGGUCAUCUCGGAAUAUCAGAAGCUCUUUCCUGACAUUCCCAUAGGGUAUUCUGGGCAUGAAACAGGCAUAGCGAUAUCUGUGGCCGCAGUGGCUCUGGGGGCCAAGGUGUUGGAACGUCACAUAACUUUGGACAAGACCUGGAAGGGGAGUGACCACUCGGCCUCGCUGGAGCCUGGAGAACUGGCCGAGCUGGUGCGGUCAGUGCGUCUUGUGGAGCGUGCCCUGGGCUCCCCAACCAAGCAGCUGCUGCCCUGUGAGAUGGCCUGCAAUGAGAAGCUGGGCAAGUCUGUGGUGGCCAAAGUGAAAAUUCCGGAAGGCACCAUUCUAACAAUGGACAUGCUCACCGUGAAGGUGGGUGAGCCCAAAGGCUAUCCUCCUGAAGACAUCUUUAAUCUAGUGGGCAAGAAGGUCCUGGUCACUGUUGAAGAGGAUGACACCAUCAUGGAAGAAUUGGUAGAUAAUCAUGGCAAAAAAAUCAAGUCUUAAAAAUAAAGUGCCAUUCUCUGAA